AGCAAGAGCAAGAGCAAGAGCGCGGAAAGUCAGCUGACGUGUACUGUCAAUACUAGCGGCCGGCACAGCAGUCUGGCAGGACCACGCCCCCCACGCCCCAGGCACGCCCUUACAACAACCAGCCCUGACCACCCUGCACCACUGUGGCUCUGGAGGAUGUGGCUCUAGAGGAUGUGGCCCCUCAGCCCCUUGAAGCACUGAUGACGGACGGCUGACCUUCCUUUCAACGGUGCAAUGUUUACCUGAAGAUCAUGGACAGGUGAGACACAGAUGAGGGAAGAUGACGUGGGUCGUUGAACAGAGACGGACAUGGGCAGAGUGGGUGGCGUUGCGGGUCCUGCGAGUUGGACCUGUUCCCACCCACCUCGCUAUAAUCAUGGACGGGAACAGACGGUAUGCGCGGCGAGAGCAGCGCGAGACUUUGGCCGGUCAUACACAGGGCUUCCACAAGCUGACCGAGGUGCUUUCCUGGUGUCGAGACUUGGGUGUCACACACGUCACAGCCUACGCCUUCAGUAUAGAAAACUUCAAAAGGUCCAAGAGUGAGGUGAAUGGCUUAAUGGAAUUGGCAGCAGAGAAAUUUUCUAAGUUGCUGGAGGAGCAGGACAAGCUAGCUGAACAUGGGGUGUGCAUCAAUGUGUUAGGGGACAUCUCCCUGCUUCCAAGCCACAUCCAGCAGAUGGCAGCACGCGCCAUUCUGGCCACUCGCCACAACAACCACUUCUUCAUUAACCUGGCCAUGGCCUACACUGCACGAGAGGAGAUCACCUCGGCUGUCCAUGAACUGGCCCAAGGUGUGGCUGAGGGCUCGCUGCAGCCUUCUGAUGUUACCGAAGAGGCAUUAGAAGCUUGCCUGUAUGGGAAAGGUAACCGGGAACCUGACCUAUUGGUUCGAACCUCUGGGGAGCAUCGUCUCUCAGACUUCCUCCUGUGGCAGAGCGCUUAUUCGUGUCUGUUCUUCACCCAUGUGCUGUGGCCGGAUUUUUCCAUCUGGCAUCUAUUUGGAGCUGUUUUCUUUUACCAGCGUCAGUACCACACCUUGGCUGCCGCAAAACGGGAAGCUCUGGCCCAGCGGUGCCGCACCCUUGAAGAACGGGACAUGGAGCAGUGUCGACACCAGCACGGUGACAAGGUGACUCAGGAACACCUGGUUGCCCAAGGCGCUGCCCGCGCUGCCCGCCUGCAGGCAUUUUUAGAUCACCGGGAGCAGAAGCUUCUGACUCAUCUAUAUAAAUUAGUCUCCCUUCCACUGGGGGAACAAGAAGGGAAGGAGAGGGAAAUGCAGUUAAUUUGACAGCAUAAUCUCAAGUCUCUUUUGUCACCAUCACAAAAUUAUGUUAUUUAAAGUAAACAAACUCAGACAUUAUGUUAUUUAAAAUUAUGUUAUUUAAAGACAAACUCAGACAUCACCAAUAUUUUCUUCACAGCAUCUCAACCAUCUCUUGUAGGGUAUUUUGUUUGAUGUGUUACUCUGUAAAUAAAGCACCAAUUGUU